GGUUGGAUAACUUCCAUUACAGAAGAAAAGCUUUCUGCAGGUCAUGGCCUCCAACAUGCUACCAGAAAAACAGUUCUACUGUCCCGUCUGUGAGCAGGUGUUCACAGACCCGGUGACGACUCCCUGCGGACACAACUUCUGCCAAGCCUGCAUUCAGAGCAAGUGGGAAGGCACUAAUGUCUGCCAGUGCCCUGCGUGUGACAGGUCGUUCCCUUCAAGGCCUGAAAUGAGCAUAAAUAUAGCUUUCAAAGAGCUCGCAGACACAUUCAAACAGAUGAUAGUCUGCUCAUCGGCCGCGCCGCUGUCUUCAGCCCAGCCUGGUGAGGUGGUGUGUGAUGUCUGUGCCGCCACGUCCCUGCAGGUGAAAGCACUGAAAUCCUGCCUGGUGUGUCUGACAUCGUACUGUGAAUCCCACCUGGAGCCUCACAAGAGGGUGGUCACCCUGAAGCUGCACAAGCUGAUGGAGCCGGUGAAGAACCUGCAGGACAGGAUGUGUAAGAAGCACGAGCGGCUGCUGGAGAUGUUCUGCAGGGAUGAGCAGAAGUGUGUGUGCCAGUUCUGCACUGAGACUGAGCACAGAGAUCACAAGGUUGUUUCUGUAGAGGCCGAGAGCACGGAGAGGAAGGUCCUUAUUAAGAAGAGUGAGGCCGAUUUUCAGCAGAUGAUCCAGGAGCGACUGAAGAAAGGGGAGGAGAUCAAAAACUGUUUGAAGCUCAGCACGGUAAGUGGAGAAAUGGAGGUGAAGGAGAGCGAUCGUCUCUUUACGUCUCUGAUUCAUACCAUCAAGGAGAGACAGACCGAAGUGAAUGCAGAGAUAAAGGAGAAGCAGAAGGCAGUGGAGAGGAGGGCGGAGGAGUUCAUCAGUGAGCUGCAGCAGGAGAUCACUGAGCUGCAGAGGAGAAACACGGAGAUGGAGGAGCUGAAGAAUACUGAGGAUCACCUGCACCUCCUGCAGCAUUUGCCCUCUAUUACAUCACCUCCACCCACAAAAGAGUGGAUGGAGAUCAACAUACCACCUGAGCUCUGUGUGGGGACUGUGCGGAGAGCGUUGUCUAAAGUUGAACGGACCCUCAUGAAUGAAAUGGAAAAUUUGAAGAAAGAAGAGAUGAAGAGGAUGCAGAAAUAUGCAGUUGACGUGGUUUUAGAUCCGGACACUGCCCAUCCAAACAUUGUCUUAACAGCUGACGGGAAGCAAGCGGGUCGUGGUGAGCUUCUUCACGUUGUUCCAGACAACCCCCAACGCUUCGACCCUGUCAUCUGUGUUUUGGCCAAGCAAGGCUACAUCUCGGGGAGGUUCUACUUCCAGGUUUCAGUCGGUCAAAAGACCUUCUGGGAUCUGGGCGUGGUCAAAGGGUCUGUCAACAGGAAGGGCAUGAUCACCUCCAAGCCAGAGAACGGCUACUGGACAGUGCGCUUGAGGAACGGCGAUGAGUAUCGAGCUUUAGACUCCCCUUCGGUCCGUCUUCCUCUCAAGGAGAAACCGGAGAUUGUGGGGGUCUUUACGGAUUACGACAAGGGAACCGUGUCGUUCUUCGACGUGGAGGCCAGAUCUCACAUCUACACCUUUACUGGGUGCCUUUUCUCUGAGAAAGUUUACCCCUUCUUCAGCCCGGGCGUUUGUGACGAAGGAAAAAACAAAGGGCCAUUGAUUAUCACAACUGUCAAUCAUGAGUCAUAGACUGGAGGAGCCUAUACCUGCUUUUUAAAGAUGCAAGGGAUGUUUUAUCUUUACUAAACUCGAAUAUUAAUAUUAAAGCUUUUUUGGUAUUUGGGUUCUAUGUAACAUGUUUCAUGGCUUGAAGUAUUGAUGUGAAUGGUGACAGUGGUGCUUA